CUCUCCGCACUCUGUCCAGUGUCCACCACCUUUCUCUACCCACUCUGUUCGCUCUGGGGGGUCCGUCACUCUCGCGAAAUGCUGGCGUCAAAAUGACGCUCUCGCUUCUCGCCUGGUUCAGGCGUUUAUACUCCCUUGACACACUCGACACUCGUUUCACGGCCUCCGCGAUCACUCCAGCCAAACUCGCUGCGGCUGACGCGCGACCCUCCGCCAAAGAUGCCCGCUCUGCUGCCAUUGCCCGCAAUGCCUCGCCCUCGAAAUGGAACACCUUCGAAUUCUAUAUCUACUAUGUCAUCUUCUUGACUGUUGUGCCAUUGAUGUUCACCACUGUCAUUGGUGUAUCGCAAGAGAGCCAUCCCACUUAUGCAACAUACUCUCAUUUACUCGAGGACGGUUGGAUACCCGGUCGCAAAGUCGAUAACUCCGACUCGCAAUAUUCUGGUUUCCGAGAAAACGUUCCCUACCUCCUCAUUCUCUUAGUCGGCCAUCCAUUGCUUCGCCGUGUCUAUAAUCGAUAUGUAGGGGGAGAAAGCCCCGACCUGGCUUUUGUAAAAGCAUCCCCGGCCGUUGCAGCUGGGGAGGCCCGCCUCAAACAGCGGGUCAACUUCGAUUACUACUUCGCUUUUGUUUUCAUCGUGGCCCUCCAUGGAGUGUCUGCUCUGAAGGUGCUCGCUAUCCUAUAUAUCAACUACCGAAUUUGCAAAUCACUUCCCCGAGACUAUAUUCCCGCAGCGACUUGGACAUUCAACAUCAUGACUCUGUUCGCCAAUGAGCUCUGCGCCGGCUAUCCGCUCGAACGACUAGCUACUCUCCUGGUACCUGCUUUCGAUGCUGCCAAACAAGUGCCCGAACUGGUGCUCUGGGCUCGUUCUCUCGACGAAUUUGGGGGUAUAAUUCCCCGGUGGGAAAUUCUGUUCAAUAUCACCGUCCUCCGUCUGAUCAGCUUCAAUAUGGACUACUACUGGAGCCUUGACUAUCCCGCCUCCAGUCCCAUUGAAAAGAAGCAACUCGAUCCGGCUGCCCUCUCGGAAAGGGACAGAGUCAGUAUCCCGGCCGAGCUGGCUGCAUUCAACGGCCGUUGCUAUAUCGCCUAUGUGCUUUACGCACCGCUUUACCUGACCGGACCCAUCUUGACUUUCAACGAUUAUAUCUCCCAGCAGAGAUAUGCUCCGCCGUCUCUCACCAGCACAAGAACAACCCUCUAUGGAGUCCGCUUCUUCCUCACGUUACUCGCUAUGGAGCUGAUACUCCAUUUUAUCUAUGCCGUCGCCAUCUCCAAUGCCUCUCCGGAUUGGUCCCUGUACACGGCAGGCCAGCUCAGCAUGCUCGCCUAUUUCAACCUGCACAUCAUCUGGCUCAAACUCCUCAUCCCAUGGCGCUUCUUCCGCUUCUGGGCUUUAGUAGACGGCAUCGAUCCGCCAGAGAACAUGAUCCGCUGCGUGUCCAACAACUACUCCCCCAUGGCCUUCUGGCGCGCAUGGCACCGCUCUUUCAACCGCUGGAUCGUGCGCUACCUCUACGUCCCUCUCGGCGGCGGCAGCAGUGGCCGCGGAAGCGGCAACUCCUCGUCUGGGAUGUAUGCCAAGGGCCGGAAGAUCUUCAACACGCUCAUUGUAUUCACUUUUGUCGCUCUCUGGCACGACAUCAACCUGCGUCUGCUCAUGUGGGGCUGGCUCAUCACGCUGUUCGUGCUGCCUGAGGUCAUCGGCUCCCUGCUCUUCCCCGCCAGUCGCUGGCGCUCACGUCCCACCGCCUACCGGGUGAUCACCGGCAUCGGGGCCGUGGGCAACGUCCUGAUGAUGAUGAUUGCUAACCUGGUCGGCUUUGCCUUGGGGCUAGACGGACUCAAGGGCCUUAUAGCGUCGAUCCUGGGGUCGUGGGCCGGUAUCGUGUAUAUUGUUUUGGCGUGCUGUGCGCUGUUCGUGGGAAUCCAGGUGAUGUUCGAGAUCCGAGAGGAGGAAGCGCGCGCGGGGAUCAACUUGAAAUGUUAAACGUAUCGCACUUAGUACUAUCUAUCUACUCACAAUGCGAACUCAAUCCCA